UCACACUUCUGGGAUUGAAGUCUGUUUGGUAAUAUAAGUUCCGAAUGUGCAUUUCGACUUCGGCCUUGUUGCGUUUCACUUUUUUUAGUAUAAUGUAUAUAUAUGCAUAAUAGACUUAUGCGAAUCAACAUUUCCAGUAAAACCACGAAAAUACAUUACGUGGGAUUUAUGUUAUUUGAUAAGGAAUGCUUGACACAUAGCUCGUUGACGCAACAAUUUUAAUUUCAUUGUAGAAUGAUUUGUACAAAACUAGACAAAUAUAUCUACCCCACCAAAAUACUUAUAAAGCGUAAUAUAUAACUUUUAAAUUCGCCUGUAGAAAGUCGACCACUAAUGAAGUUGUGGAGCCCAUAUUCGUCUGAUAUACAACAUACCAAGACAAAUGUUUCAAAUCAACGUUAUUGAAUGAAAAAAGUUAUCCGUCAACUUUCAACGUCUUUUUGUCGUGGUAAUGUAACCAACUUUACCUUACGUAGCUACCCUUGCCCAAUUCAACAUAAAGGAUAUUUUUAUUUAUUUUUAAUUUAACUAAAUAUAUAGUCAAAAAAUAGACUUUUUCUCUUUUAGUCUGGUUUUUAAAAUUGUAACAUUUUCACUAUUUAUGUUGAGAUCCUUUCAUCAGGUAAGAACCACUGCGCGGUUUUGCUAUUUCGAAUCUUCAUCAUCUUCUAUAUUUGGAUUCCCCCCAAUUUACCAUGGUUUAUAUUGAAUCCAUCCAUCCAUUAUCCAUUUAUAUUCCGCUUUGUGGAGUCGGCGUCUAUCUGAAGUUAGUUUAUUUGAUGUAUAUAUGUAUUGUAUGAACGAUUAUAUGAUCAUUGAAUUGUGUAAAAUACACAGCGUUUAUUUAUUCGAUAAAAAAUGAUAAUGAUUGACUGUGUUUUGCGUUUUUACGAACUACGUUAGGUCAUAUUUAUAGUGUGGGUGAUUCACACUUGACCAAACUGAGCAUGAGACAAAGAAUUCGAACGCGUCAAGUAGUGCGAAAGGAUACUUCAAAUAAUGAAAACGUUCUUCAAAAUCGAUCGAAUUUUUAAACGUAAAUAGCGUAGUCAAGGAAAUGGUCUUUAUAAUAACUUUGUACAGUAGAUGACUAUUAUUCCGAGACGUUAUCUCAUAUUGCUGAAUAUUUAAAGUGGAUUCAGGUAGAUCAAUUGCGUCUUCAAUUAUGGAUGAAGUUUAAUCGACAAGGUGGCGUUGAACGAGUUUACCGUCAGCUUAGAACUUGCGAUUUAGCCCCGUAGAGAGGCAUAGCAUUAUGAUUAUAAAACUGCUCAUAGCAAAGACUAGUUAUUGCAGAUGGCUCAUCGUAUUGGUUUUAGCUGAUAUUGUCACUAGUGAAACUGGAAGUUAUCCGCCUAACGAUAACAUCGGCCUAUACAGGCCCAUAUCUACUAACGGUGACACAACAUGCGGAACUUCUGCGCCGGGAUCUUACUGCCAACCCGCCGCAGAUGAUCAUGGACUGGCAGGUAGGGCCUGCAACAAAAGAAGAUGCAAUUUAGAAUGUCCCGGAAGAGACCGUGUUACUGAUGGCCAAUUACGUUUCAUUAAUGUUAUGGAUGGAAACUUACAAAACUGUAUUACGCCCAAUUACGAGGAUACUCGGGGAACUGGAAAAGCAUCAUUUGAUUUUCAAAAUCACCCAACCUGUUUUGCCCAGCCUACGAAUGUUUUGCGAACGGGUACUGCUCCUGGCCAAUUCACCCUAGCUGUAUGGAUAAAACAGCGUCGUCGUAACGCCGGGGUGAUUUUAGAAAAAAUCGCGAGUCCAAGACCGGGAUACCAGAGACAAGUUGUUCUCAGCGUCAUGGUGGGCGCGUUUUCAAUACUGAUGCAGUUCAGAGGAACAGAUGGACGAUCUCAUGUUCAACUAUUGAAAGCGCCAGUAUCUCCUUCGAGAUGGCAUCACGUUACUUUGCAGGUAUACAACACAACAGCUAAUGUAUUUCUGGAUGGACUUGGUGAAGAUGAAACGCCAUACCUUUCUGAAACAUUAGAUUUUCCUAUUGCAGAUAUAAAUUAUUCACCCAUCGUCAAAAUUGGUCAAAGAAUGGCAGAAUGGAAUGACACGAGUGAAAUGGCUUUAUAUCUUCAAGAAAAUUUUCCAGAAUGGUCAAAUACAACUGGCCAAUUUGUGGGUCGGUUACAUGACUACAGAUGGUAUGAACAAGCGCUUACCAACAGGGAAAUACAAGAAAUAUAUUCUGGUGUUUUUAAGGAGUUGAAUGUCCAAUCAAACUGCUUGUGUCCUAUGGGUUAUCCUAGAGUUCAUCCACUAAAAGAAAGAUACUGCAUUCCAAAUGGUUUACCAGACACAACUGAAGACAGAAGACUUCGCUUACAUGAAGACGCACAUCCUUUAGGUUACAUUAAUGAUGGUGAUUAUGGAACAUUCUGGAUUUCAUCAAACUUCUAUAUGCCUGGUGGUGUGACAAUGACUAUUGAUAUGGAAAAUGGAGAAUAUCAGAUUUUUAGCCUCAUCAUACAGUUCCAUAGUCCACAACCACAAGCCAUCACAUUUUCAAGAUUGUCAAAUAAAACUACAGAAGGAACAUGGAAACCAUGGGGUCAUUUUGCUGAUGACUGCUACCCAAGAUUUAAGAUGCAAGAUAAUGAACCCCUGAAAGAACCUGAUUCGUUUAAUUGCAUGACUUUUCCGCCGGUUGAUGAUAUUCCACACUUGAACAACAAUGUGACUUUCAAUUUGUUAUCUGAUGCUCCAUUCAAAAGACCCGGAAAAGAUGAUUUUUAUAACAAUCCAAUUUUGAUGAAUUUUGUCAGGGCAGAAAAGAUUCGAAUUCGCAUGCAGUACCAAUAUUUUACACUUCGGCCUGAAGUUGCUGUUGGACAUCAAGUUUAUUUGAUAAGGGAAAUAAAAAUUAUUGGAAGAUGCAACUGUCAUGGGCAUGCAGAUGCAUGUGAUACAACCAAAAAUCCAUAUCAGUGUAGGUGCAUACCAAGGAGUAAUACUGGUGGAAAUUUGUGUGAAAAAUGUUUGCCUCUGUACAACAAUAAACCUUUUCAUGAAGGAACUCAAACAGAAGCAUUUGAUUGUCAGCCAUGUGAAUGCUAUGGCCAUGCUGAUAGUUGCCAUUAUGAUGAAACAUUAGAUCCAUUUCCUAAUGAUUUUUACAGUGGGGGAGGUGGUAGAUGUGACAAUUGUAAACAUCACACCACAGGAAUAAAUUGUGAAAAAUGUGCAGAGUUUUAUUUUCGAAUGGAAGAAACCUCACUUGAUGAUUCUAAAGUUUGUUUAUCUUGUGAUUGUCAUGCAUUUGGUGUCGUGAAUGGAACGAUGGAUUGUGAAAAAAUUGGUGGUCAGUGCAAGUGCAAGUCCCAAGUUUUGGGUAGAACAUGUGGUGUGUGCAAUGAUGGUUAUUAUGAUUUGGAUGUAUCAAAUCCUGAAGGUUGUAAACUUUGUCAAUGUCAUUUGCCUGGGACUACCGACAGAAAUUUCAAAUGUCAGCAGGUCGGAGGACAGUGCAGUUGCAAAGUUAAUGUAAAAAGUAGAACUUGUUCUGAAUGUAAAAGUGGAUUUAAGAAUCUUAGGGAUUCAAAUUCCAAAGGAUGUGAAGCAUGUAACUGUCAUCAACUUGGUGCAAUUGAUCAAUAUUGUAAUCCAAAUACAGGAGACUGUUCGUGCAAACCUAAUGUGGAAGGAAUGCAUUGUGAUGUUUGUGAGAAUGGAUUUUGGAAGUUGACUUCAAGAGGAUGUGAACCAUGUGGAUGCGAUCAGGGUGGCACUGUCCCUGGUACAGUUUGUAACAAGAUUACCGGUCAAUGCAAAUGCAAAGCCAACACAGAAGGAAGAACCUGUAACAUUUGUAAAGAUGUUUAUUACAAUCUGGAUGCGAACAAUGAACAGGGAUGUGAAAACUGUAGAUGUGAUCCAAGAGGAACUAUUGAUGGUUCAUUAGUUUGUGAUAAAGUUACUGGACAGUGUGAUUGUAAAUCGAAUGUUGAAGGAAGAACAUGUAAUUUAUGCAAACGAAACACUUUUGGACUGGAUUGGUCACUGGAUGAAGGCUGCCAGAAAUGUAACUGUGAUCCAACAGGUACUGAACUCGGAGAUAAGAAAGCUCCUGAAGAAUUAGUAUGUGAUGCAAAUACUGGAAAAUGUACCUGCUUGACAAGCAGAGAGGGAAGAAGAUGUGAUAUGUGCUCACCUGGAUACUAUAUUCCAUCUGAUGGGACACAUGGGUGUUAUGACUGCAACUGUCAUUCCUAUGCAAGUACAAGUCAAAUAUGUAGUAACACAACUGGACAAUGCCCCUGCAAGGUAGAUGCUGGUAUUACUGGAAGAAUGUGUGAAUUAUGUGCAGAUACCUUUUGGAAUUUUCAUCAUUUAUUUGGUUCAUGUGAACCAUGUGGCUGUAAUAAUAAAGGAAGCAUCAAUGACACAUGCAACACUAUCACAGGAACUUGCAGUUGCAAAGGAAAUGUUAUUGGUGAUAAAUGUGAUGAAUGCAGAGAAGGUUCAAGUUAUUUAACAGCUGAAAAUCCAAUGGGAUGCUAUUCUUAUCCUGAACAACAAGCACCACCCAUUGAGCUCAACAAAACAUCAUCUUGGAUUAAACUGGAAUGGAAUGCACCAGAUUUGCCGAAUGGAGACAAUCUACAAUAUAGGCUGUACAGGAAUAGUGAACUUGUUUAUUCUGUGAAUGAUUCUGAGCCUUUUUCAACAAUAAGUUACAAUGAUACAUAUCUUCUGCCAUAUACAAAUUAUGAUUAUUACAUUGAAACAAGCAACAUGGGUGGGAUAGCACAGAGUGCUGAAGUCAGUUUUCGUACAAUAGCUGGAAUUCCUACUGGUGUUCCGCCUCUGACUGUGAAAAAUGUCAGAAGUACAAGUGCUGUUUUUUCAUGGCAGGAGCCUUCAGUUGCUCAUGGACCCAUUGAAAGAUACGUUUUACAGUCUCUAGACACAGAAGAUUUUCGCCAUCCAGAAGAGCACUAUUCAGGAUUAGAAAUGGAAGUUGAAAUUGAAAAUCUUCGACCUUUUGUAAAUUACACUUUUAUUGUACGAGCUUGUACAAGUGGUGGUUGUGGUGAUAGUAUGCCAAUCAUUGUAGUUACACCUGAAGACAAACCAAAAAGGCAACCAGAGCCAACUAUUACUGCAAUUUCUAACUCAACUCUUCUUAUAGAGUGGGGGCCACCAGAAAAACCCAAUGGUGUGAUUCAGCGAUAUGAAGUUUUGAUGCGAGGCAAGCCAGAUGAAAAUGGAAUCCAUAGUCCACUACAAAGAGUUGCUUUUACAACAAUUGGAUAUUAUAAUCCUCGGCCACAACCUGCUGGUGCAUAUAUGCCUAUAGAAGAACCUGAAACAAAUUUUACUAUGGAUGGACUUCAACCUUUUACGGAAUAUCAAUUUCUGGUUCUGUCUGCAAAUAGCAUUGGCUCAACUGAAAGUCCUUGGACAACAGGAAGGACUCUAGAAGGAAGUCCUGUAUUCAUUGACAAACCUCGAGCAUGGGCUGUUUCAUCAUCUCAAGUAAAUAUCACAUGGCAAUCUCCUGAUCCUGUAACAGAAGUAAGAGGUGAUGUAAAAUGGUAUCAGGUACUGUGGAGGAAAAACAACAUCAAUCCAUAUGCACCACCUACAACCGAUGUGGUGCUUUUCUCAGAUCCUCGAAGACUUCAAUUUUUAGCAAAUAAUCUUGAUCCGUAUGUUAAUUACACAUUUCUUAUAAAUAUGUGCAAUCAUGUAUCAUGUGUAAAAAGUGACAAAGUAACUGUCCAGACCUUACCUGCAGCACCCGAGGGACAAAAUCCACCAACUCAAGACGGAGAAGACACCAAUUUAAUUUUUUUGUCAUGGACUUUGCCAGAAAAAGUAAAUGGUCCAGAUCCUAGAUUCACUUUAUAUAAAUCUCCAGUUUCUUUUUCUACACCACCAACUGAGAUGAGACGUGGAAUUAGGUUUCCUGGUGAUUCUUAUUUGAAAUUCUCACCUGAUAUUUUACCAAUAGAUGAAUCAUACAGUGGAAUUCAACUCAAGUUUAGAACAUUGCAAGAAAAUGCAUUACUCUUUUUUGCUGCUUCAAAACCUGAUACUGAUUACACACGUCAUGAAUAUUUGGUUCUUCAACUUCGUAAUGGACGACCUUGGUUUUUAUUCGACCUUCAAAACUCGCCUACAUCUGUAACAAUAGAUAAUGAUGAUAUUAAUGAUCGUUACAAUGAUGGAAAAUGGCAUAGACUUGAAGUAAAUCGCUUUGGACAGAAUGGAUAUCUUGAGUUAGAUACUAUUUGGAAAGGCUCUGGAUCAACUCGUAGUCCGGCGAGGGUUUAUGGCGCAAGUGAGAUUGUGUAUAUUGGAGGUUUACCUGCUGAAUUUAAUGUUGCUCGUCCACAUGAUCGCGGAAGUAUGGUUGUUGUUACUGAAGGUUUUGUUGGUUGUAUCAAAGAUAUAUUAGUUCAGAGAAAUGGUAGACUACAAGAUUGGACCAAUGUUUCUUUUAGUGAUGCAAUAGAAGUUCAUAGGACUUAUGAUGACUGGCAAGGAUGUCCUGAUGUACUGGAUAUGCCUGCAGUCCAUUUUCUUGGAAGAGGUUACUUGCAAUUAGAAAACCCAUUUAACAUGUCUAAUGCUGAUACUUGGUCAGUGCGUAUGCAAAUUCGUGUGGCAUUCUCUUCUGGAAUAAUAUUUUAUGCAUCAGGAAGAUCAAAAAAUUUCAUGCUGGGAACUCUGAACAAUGGCACAUUGAGAUUUAUCAUAUCAAUCACUGAAGAUGACUACCAUGAAGUAACGCUUGAUCCUAGCACUCUUCCUGUUAAAAUAUCUCUAUGCGAUGGAAAUUGGCAUUUGAUAGAAUUUCGAAAUGAUAAUGGUCAGUUAUUACUCACACUUGAUGAUCAUGCAGAAAUUGGACCUAGGUUAAAUCCAGAGUACAAAGGAAUUGAUCUUCGACGUAAAUUUUAUAUGGGUGGAAUCGAAAAACAUUUGUUGAGUGGCUCAUCCUAUUUACUGAAAUAUUUUGAUGAAGAUGGUCGUUCGUUCGGAGGUUGCAUACGAAAUGUGUUUAUUAAUCUUGUUGAGAUAAAUAUUAUUUCAAUGACAAAAACAGCAUAUAAUGUUGAUUUGGAUGGAUGCCCAAUUGGGGCUCGUAAUUCUCAUGUUCUUUCUGGCUCUGGAGGAAGUGGAGAAAUUUCAGGUUUAAGCAGUGGUACAUUUUUAGAAGAAAGUGAUGUUUCUCUUGCAAAACAUUCAUGUGAAAAAGGAUCAUUAAAGGUUAUAUAUGAAGGCUCUGGGUUUCAAUUUAAUAGCUCUGAAUUGCAUCCCUUCACACAAUAUCUGUAUCGUGUUAUGACAAGUAAUGAUGGUGGUGAUACAAGAAGUGCAUGGAAAAUAAUGCGUUCUGGAGAAGGUAUUCCAGAAGUUGUUGGGAGUCCAUAUGAUGUUAGGCACAUAAGUGGAUAUAUUGUAGAAGUUAUGUGGCGUCGUCCAUAUCAUUCUAAAGGCGUUGUUGUGAAUUACACUUUGUCUGCAAAACCGCUGGAAGAAGAUUUGCCUGCUUCUAAUUACACUAUUGACACUGUAUUUGAUGGAGAGUCAUAUUCUGGGAACAUAACAACUCUUCAACCUUGGGGGAGAUAUGAAGUAUUUCUUGCCGCAUGUACCAAAAUUGGUUGUACAAGCAGUAUAGCAGGAUUCAGUUUUGUUACAAACCAGGAAGCUCCUCAAGGUGUACAAGCACCGACAGCUGCUGUUACAAAAAUUUCUAUGACUUUGAGUUGGCAUGAACCUAAUCAGCCAAAUGGUAAAAUUACAAGUUAUACAUUACUUCACAACAGCACAAUGGUCUACACUGGGAAUGCAACACAACAUACUAUUGAUGGUCUUGCAACCUUUCAACAACAGCGAUUUAAACUUGAAGCUUGUACUAAAGCAGGGUGUAAUUCAAGUAAAGAAGUUACAAUUUAUUCAGCCCAGCUUCCACCUGGUCAUGUUGAUGCUCCGAUGCUAUCAAUUCUCGGUCCAAAUGCAAUUGAAUUAAGAUGGCUUGAACCUGCAAUUUUAAAUGGUAUAUUCCAACGCUAUGUUGUUUAUCUAUCAAAAGUUAAAGGAGAUUUAGGGGAUGUGGUGUACAAUAGCACGGAACCUUCUCUAGAAUGUGAAUUACAUGAAUUGCUAGCGGGAAUGGAAUACUUCAUCACAUUAGAAGCUUGCACAGGAGGUGGUUGUAAGCAAAGUACUUCAUCUCCUAUUAGAACUACUGAAAGUGUUCCUGAGGAUAUUCCUGCACCAACUGUGAUAUCUCGUUCACCUUUUUCAUUUGAUGUAACAUGGCACGAACCUAAAAAACCAAAUGGCAUCAUAAAGAAUUAUACUUUGUAUUUUGAUUAUGAACCAAGAUACACCACAAAAGAACCCUCGGCACGACAUAUUGAGAAAUUAACGCCAUAUAGUCGACAUUACUUUCGUGUACAAGCUUGCACAGUGCAGGGCUGUGCGUUUAGUACUCUUAUUGAAAACAGGACCAUGGAAAGUAAACCUGAAGGCAAAGUUGUAGUUUCAGUGACCAUUGUUAACUCGCGAGAAAUUGAUACAAAGUGGAAUAUGCCAGUCAGGCAAAAUGGAAUCAUGAAUUAUAGCGUGUCUUGUACUGGGUUGUUUUUCAAAAACCAUGCAAAGCGUGAUUUCAGAGAAGUGCACGAAAAACGAAUACUACACAUUGGUGGAAAAGCGGAUCAAUGGAUUCGCAUAGAAGGGCUCUUGCCCUACACAGAUUAUGUUGUUCAAGUUAAUGCUUCAAAUUCGAAAGGAUUUGUGAUAAGCAACAUGCGAACUGUAUCAAUGCCUCCUGGUGCUCCUGAUGGUGUUGAAAACCCUGAUCUUCUUCCUACUAGUCCUUAUGAAAUAGUCGCAACAUGGAAAGAUCCAGCUCGGAACAAUGCACCUGGAAAUGCAUAUUUUCAACUGCAAUAUCGUCGAGUAACACCAUUGGAGAAUGAAAAAGAUGCUUUUUCUAAAAGAACAAGACAAAUGAGUUUCACUCUCAGAGAUUUAAAACCAUAUGAAGAAUAUGAAUUUCUUCUUAUUGCAAUAAACAGCUUUGGAUCAACUUCCUCAGAAUGGACUCGAAUACACACACAACAAACUUCACCACAAUUUGUUGCAAAACCCUAUGUUUAUGACAUUUUACCAUGGUCGUUGUCUUUAAAAUGGAAGCCACCUGCAGUACCAAAUGGAGUAGUUCAAAAUUAUACCAUAUAUGAAACAGAUGAAAUGAUUGUCUCAUUGCCUAACAAUAUUACACACUACAUUGCCGAGAAUUUACAACCAUUUAAUUGGUAUAAAUAUGUUGUUGAAGCUUGUACAGAAGGUGGUUGUCGAAAAAGUGAUGUGGCAUCUGUACAAACAGCAGCUACUGCACCAGAGGGUUUAUUGCCACCUGAAGCUCGUUCUGAAUCUCCCACGUCAAUAUUUCUUACAUGGAAACCUCCAGUAAAACUUAACGGUAUUCUGGAUAAUUACAUUUUGGAAAGAAAAUUGCACAACGUAUCUACUUUUAAUGACAGUGUUUUUGAAGCAAGUGUGCUGGGUUCAUUUGUACCAACGCAAUCAUUGAGAUACUUGGAUGAUGCCGAUUUACUUCCAUAUACAACAUAUCAGUAUCGAAUAACAAGUUCAACUAUUGGUGGAAAAUCCAUAACAAGUAACUGGACAAGUGUCACAACAAGACCUGGAAGACCAGGUGGAGUACCACAACCCAGUGUCACAAUUUUAUCAGCAAGGAGUGUGCUUGUUGAAUGGAAAUCUCCUCCAACUACCAAUGGACCAGUUACAAGAUAUGAAGUUUUGUUUCCUGAUCCACAAUAUGUAGUUAAUGACACAGAAACUCUCAACCUGACUGUCGAUGAUCUGAUCCCAUACACAGAUUAUCAGGUAUCAGUUCUUGCAUGUACUGAUGGAGGAUGUUCAGAAAGUUUCAAGACUGAUAUCACUACUUUCACAACUGUUCCUGACCAACUGGAUCCUCCUAUCGCAACUCCCAUCAGUGAAAGUUAUAUUGCUGUACAAUGGAAACCUCCAAAAUAUCCGAAUGGUCCAGGUAUAUUUUAUGAGCUGACAAGAACUAAAUUAUCUCAACCACUCGCUGAACUUGUACCUGGUGAUAUAAACAUACCUUUGACAAUUUAUAAGGGAACUGAGCUUUCAUACCAAGACAGAGAAUUGGAGAGAUUUACAACAUUAUCUUAUGUUCUUUCUUGUUUUAAUGUUGAUGGUUCUGUUGUUUCAAAUGCAACAAAUGUAACAACACUAGGGGGAAUCCCAUUGCGAUCACCAAUUCCUGAAGCCACCGUUCAUAAUCAUACAAGUAUUUUUGUAACAUGGACACAGCCUAGUAUCUUUGAUAUCCAGGGCGAAGUUUCUCUGUAUUUCAUUCGAUAUGAACCAGAUAAUGAAAUGGAAAAAAAUUUUGUUCUUGAGCCAGAUGAGUUAUCUGCGACAUUACCCAAUCUUCAUCCAGGAACCAAUUAUUCAAUAGUAUUAACUACUUUCAAUGGAGCUCACAAUAUUUCAUCGGAUAGCAUAUUUAUUAAAACUAAAGAUGGAGCACCUGAAGGGGUAUAUCCUCCCGUUGUUUAUAGUCUCAGUGCAUCUGAAUUGCAUGCAAGUUGGUUGGAACCUGAACAUCCAAAUGGAGAAAUCACAGAAUAUAGCAUUAUAAUUGAUGACGUGAAAAUCCCAAUGACAUCUAAACACCCAAGCUCUUAUAUUCUCAAUAAUCUUCAACCAUUCACAGUUUACAAUCUGCAGAUGGAAGCUUGUACUAAAUAUGCCUGUGCAAGAAGCAAAAAAAGUCAAGCAACAACACAGGAAACACUUCCAAUGGGAAUUGACAAACCUUUGAUUAAGAUUCUUAGCUCUAACAAAAUUGAACUGAAAUGGAUUCCACCAGAGAAAUCAAAUGGAAUUUUAAGGUCAUAUGAAGUGAGGCGGAGGAGUUUGCUGCCAUGUAAUCAAAUGAAUGCAACACUAUUGAAUCAUGGAGUGAGUAUAUUGCUGGAUCAUGAAUGGAAAAGGGAAUCUGAAAAAAAUGACAGGAUAUGUAGCUAUGUCAAAUGUAAAAAGAAUGAAAAAUCAUGUGGAAGCAGUUGUUAUUCACCAUCAACGAAAGUUUGUUGUGAAGGACAGUUAUAUUUUCGAAGUGCUGGUUUUGAAUGUUGCGGUAAGAAAUAUAUCAAAGCUAAAGUAAAUGCAACUGAUGUUUGUUGUUCUGGAAGAUAUUUUCCUUUUAUGAGAAACUAUAAAUGCUGUGGCAAGAGAUAUGUUAAAGUUUUAUCAGGAGAAGUUUGUUGUGAAGACUCAAAUGAAGACAGGGUAUCAGUUGGUGCCGGAGAUUCAUGUUGUGGUGUCGUUCCAUUCUAUUCUAACGGAAUUCAGAUAUGUUGUAAUAAUAAAUUACAUGACGGAUUCAAGAAAAAGUGCUGUGGGAAAGAGGUUGUUAAUGCAGAUUUCAUAUGCUGCGGAAGUGAAGAUGAUGCAAAAGUUUUCCAAAAGAAAAUAAAUCAUAAAUGUUGUGGAAAUGAAUAUAUUUCAACUCACACAUCAUUGUGUUGUAAAGAUAGCAACUCAGAACAAGAAAUGGUUCACUCAUUUGAUGACAUGAAUUCUGAAACACGGCAGAAGAAAUGUUGUUCCACGCAGCUUAUAUCUGCGGGUAUGAAAUGCUGUAAUGGACGAGGUUAUGAUUCAAAUAUUCAUGUUUGUGCUGAUGUUGGCACUAUUGCUCCUACAUCUGGAUUACUACGAUGUGGUUCUGGGUCUAUUUGUUCUAUAAAUCAGGCACCUGGGGCUUUCUGUGACAGGUGUGACUUUGACUUGAAUGCAUAUGAUUGCUUCAUAUCAAAAGAAAUAUCACCUGAAAACAGUCUUCCUGAGAAUGUUGGAUCGAUGUGUGCAACUUCUUAUAUUACUGUUUAUACAGGAACACCUGAAAAAUUGUCAUUUACAGAUGACGCAGUAGAUGCCUUUACUAGGUAUGAAUAUAAGGUUAUUGUUUCAAACAAAAUGGGAUCUACUGAUAGUGAAUCUGUUGCUAUUACAACAUUCGAAUCAAUACCUGAAGAAGUAUCUCCUCCACAAUGGACAUCAAAUAAUCAGGAUACCAUAUUAUUAUCAUGGAAAUCACCAAAGAAACCAAAUGGUGUAAUCACAAAAUAUGCUCUUAUGAGAGAUGGACUUGAAAUAUGGACUGGACUUGCUUUUAAACAUACUGAUUCGUUUCAAAUAUUGCCUUUCAGAAGAUACUCAUAUGUUGUGAAGGCUUGCACGUAUGUUGGAUGUGGUAGCAGUCCACCAGCUGAAGCUACGAGCAUACAAGGAGUGCCAAACAAAAUUCAAAGUCCACUAUUAAAUGUUUUAUCGCCGAACAUUAUUUCAAUCACAUGGGCACCACCAACGGAAGCAAAUGGAUUGAUUACAAAAUACACUCUGAAUGAAACAGAUACUGGAACAAUUUAUACUAUAGAUCCAGUGGUUGACGAUUCAGUUUUAUCAUAUCAGCAUGAAAAUCUUGAGCCAUAUUCAAAACAUACCUAUGUCUUAACUGCAUGCACCAUUGCUGGUUGUACAACAAGUGAUGAGGUUUCAGCAACAACAUCUGAAAUGAAACCUGAAGGAGUUUGGAAGUAUCCUGCAUCCCUUGUAAUAGACAUGUCAACUGUGGAAUUGUUUUGGACAGUACCAGAAAAACCAAAUGGAGUAAUACGAGAAUAUAGAUUGAUGCGCCAAAAAGUUUCAAAGGGAAAAGACAGUAACAACAUUCAGCAAAUGCAGUUCAUUUACCAAGGUGGUCCUCAACAAUUGAAUUACACGGAUUCAACGCUUCAAUCUGGAUCAAUAUACGAUUAUGAGCUCAUAGCAAUCAAUGGAGCUGGAUUUGGAAAAAGCAAUCUACAUCAAGUUAAAAUGCCGGAAAGCAUUCCUCAUGUUCUUCCAAAAUUAGAUAUUCGAGUUACAGGCUCAAAUACAUUGUUUGCAGAAUGGUCACUGAAUCCUGAUGAAUUUCCAGCUAAAUAUAGAUAUUCAAUAAUUAUUAGAAAAGACGAUAUGCAUUCUGAUCACCAUUCUAAGGGUGGAGGUCAUAGAAGAUCAAAAAGAAGUGUUAAUGAUGAUGGAGAUUCUGCAAAUGAUGAUGAUGAUGACAAACCAUUGCUUAUGUAUUCUGCUGGUCACAACAACACAUAUGUUAUUGAAAAACUGGCUCCAUACACAUUGUACAGAGUCAGAGUUCGUACAUGUUUGCCAGAAGAUGAAGAUGACGUAAAUUGUGUCACUGGUGAUGAAAAGUUAGUACGCACAUUGCCAGCACCUCCUGAAGAACAGUCACCACCUGUAUUGAAAGCAGUUGGUCCACGAGUUAUUGAUGUAUCAUGGAAACCACCCGAAAAACCAAAUGGCAUUCUUACAAAAUAUGAGAUUUAUCGGCGUGAUACAUCUCAGAAUUCACACGAGAAAAUUGUGUUCAGUACAGGAGAUAUUCAGAGAAAUUGGUUCACGGAUUCUGAUGUUGAGCUUCUACCAUAUACAAGAUAUGAGUACAGAGUUCGAGUCAGUAACAAUGAAGGAGUUGCAGAUAGUACAUGGGCUGAUAUUACCACACUAGAAGAUAAACCACAUGGUAUAAAAUCACCAACUGUAUCAGCUAUAUCAGCAUAUGCUGUUCGAGUUAUUUGGGAAGCACCUGAGAGGCCAAAUGGAAAUAUUGUGAGUUAUAGCCUGGAGUAUAGAGAUGAACCAAAUGAUCCCACAAUGAGUCGACAUUUAGAGAAAGCAGUCACUGUUCCAUCAACAUUGCGUGAAACUCAUAUUAGUGGACUCAAACCAUUCACUGGCUAUGAAGUUAGAUUGGUUGUUACAAAUGGUGCUGGAAUGGAAGCAAGAAGUGAUUGGGUUUCUGUGCGAACAUCUGCAGCAGCACCUAAUAAUGUUGGAAAUUUUUCUGUGACAAGAAUGGAAGAUGGACAAUCAUUGAUGUUGACUUGGGAUCCACCUGCUAUUACGAAUGGAGAGAUAAUGAUUUACAACAUCUAUGAAUAUGGUGAUGACAAACCACUGCAAAGUCAAUUGUUCAGACAAUAUCAUCUCAGACGGUUGAAGCCUUUCACAAAUUAUACUUUGCUACUUGAAGCUUGUACUGGACAUGACUUGUGUACAACUUCACCUCCACAAACAUUUACAACAGCAGAAACAGCCCCCGAUAUGCAGCCAGCACCUUCUGUCACCCUGGCAAAUACAACAGCUAUAACAUUGUUUUGGACAAGGCCAAAGGAAUUGAAUGGAAUUUUAACUAGUUAUAAAGUGAUCAGAAAUGAAAUUCCACGAUCAUAUUAUCAGUCUUCAUUCCGUCGAGAAAGACGUUCAUUAAAUCUAAACAAAGGAUAUUAUUAUUUGAUGGACGAUGAUCAAUGGAUGAAUGAAGAAGAUUCAAUAUUACAUGGAUAUUCUUCUUAUAGUACAUUACAUAGAGUGAGAAGAGCAAUUGGAGAUAACAAAAACGAAGAAGAUGACGUGAAUGUCAUUCAUCAAAUUGAUAAUCCAACUCAGAAUUCAUACAAUUACACAGAUGUUAAUUUAAAACCAUUUACAAAAUAUGAAUACAAGAUCAGAAGUAGUACAAAUGCGGGGUUUGUGGACAGUGAAUGGGUAACUGCAGAAACACAUCAAUCUUCUCCAUCUGGUUUGGCAGCUCCUAUCAUAGAAUAUACUUUGGACCAUAAGCCUACAAAAUUGAUUGUAAAAUGGAGUCUCCCAGAAGAAUUGAAUGGCAUUUUACAGACUUUCAGAGUUCAAAGAAACUCGAGUAUUCCACUCAGUUUUCCAACCACACAAUUUCAAUUUACAGAUACUGAUUUACAGCCAUACUCAUUGUACAGUUAUUCUGUUACUGCAUGUACAGCUGGCGGAUGUGUUGAAAGUCCAAUCAGUGUAAAAAGAACUUUAGAAGAAGCUCCAUCCUUUGUAUCACCUCCACUUGUUGUUUCAAUCAACUCAACAGCACUGCAUGUUGAAUGGAGUCAACCAACAAUUACUAAUGGUGUGAUUCAACGCUACCAAGUAUAUGUUGAUGAAAGACUAAAAUUUGAAGGUCUUGCUAUGGAAACACUUGUUGGGCAACUGAUGCCAUACACACUGUAUUCAGUUUCUGUUGCUGCUUGCACUAGUAGUGGAUGUCGAAGAAGUGACAAUAUUGUAGCUCGAACAUCAGAGGCUGCACCAGAAAUUAUGUCUCAACCUGAACUUCAUGUUACGAGUCCACAUUCAAUUGAGGUCAAUUGGGAAGCUCCGAUAAAAUCAAAUGGAAAAAUAAUAAGAUAUGAAUUAAGAAGAAAUAAUGAGUUGAUUUUUGUCACUGAUGGUCAACUGAAACGAUAUCAUGAUUUUGGCCUCAGCCCUGGGACAACAUAUACUUACUAUGUGACAGCUUAUAAUAAACGAGGUAGCGUUAAAAGCGACAUAGUCACAGAAAUGACAGAUCCAGCUGCCCCUGCAGGUUUGCAACCACCUGUUUUAAAAUCUGUUUCUUCAUCAUCGAUACAUGCUGUAUGGGAAGCGCCUACAAGUCCAAAUGGAAUCAUUGUCAACUAUACCUUAUAUGUUCGACAUGCUAACAACAAGAAUGACAAAAAGAUUAUCAAAUUGCCAGGAAAUAUAUAUGAACACACAGUUCGUGGACUCUUAUUUUAUGAAGAUUAUUCCUUCUGGUUACAAAGUUGUACACAACUAGGAUGUGUAAUGAGUGAGAGAACUCAACAGAAAACAAAGGAAGGAGUACCAAGUGGACAAUUACCACCUUAUGUAUCUCUCGAUAAACCAGAUGAUGUCAUAUUGCAUAUUUCUUGGGACUCACCACAUAAACCAAAUGGAUUAAUUAACUUGUAUAAAUUAUAUCGUCGUCAAAUCAUUGAAACUGCUUCCUCAAUUGAAACAGUAAAAGGAACAAUUGUUUAUAAUGGAACUGAAAGAUCUUUCUCUGAUUCCAAUUUGACACCUUACACCAAAUAUCAAUACAAAGUGUCAGCACAUAAUGCAGCAGGAGAUGUUACUAGUGAUUGGUCAUCACUAACACGAACUGGAGAAGCAAUUCCUGCCCAAAUGCCAGCUCCAACAUUUGGUCGAAUAACCGAAAGAUCUAUUCAAGUUCUGGCAUCACAACCAGUAAUUCCUAAUGGAGUCAUAAGAACAUACACAAUGUAUGCUCGUAAGAAUAUGUCAUCUGAUCGAUUUCGCGAAAUGACAACAGGAUAUGGACCUGAUCAAACAGCAGUUGGCCUUAUACCUUACACAUCUUAUGAAUUUCAAGUGAAAGCAUGCACUCUCAAACAUCUUUGCUUAAUGAGUCCUUCAGCAUAUGUGACUACAAUGCCAGCUGCACCCCGAGGUCAAAACCCCCCGCAAGCCAUCAAUAUUUCCAGUAAAAAUAUAACGUUGCAAUGGAGUUCACCAAUAGAAUCAAAUGGAAUUAUCAACAGCUAUGAAGUUCACAUGCGGAAGUCUUGUUCUCCUUACCAACCGCUACAAGAGGAAUGUCAUAAGGGAUCAGCAACAAUAUCAUAUGUUGGAGUUGCACAGCAAACUACUAUUGACAAAUUAUCUCCAUAUCAAAAUUAUGAGUUUUGUGUUGUUUCUGUCAAUGAUUAUGGAAGAUCAAAAUCAGGAUGGACAACUGCUACUACAUUAAAAUCAGCACCAAAAUAUGUUGCUCCCAUAUCUGUCACAAGCAAUAUCAGCAGCAUAUAUGUUGAAUGGCACAACAGCUUCAAACUCAAUGGCAUACUCACGCAGUAUGAACUUUCUGACCAUGGAAGAAAUGUGUAUAGUGGAAUUUACACAGCUCAUACUAUGAAACGAACUGCUGCUAUGGUUCAUAAAUUUCAAGUUAAAGUUACAACAGAUUCCGGUAUUGCAACUUCUGCUCCUAUAAUGCAUGAUACUGGAAAAGGGACCUCUUAUAUCCCUGGACCACCAGAUGGGAAUAAUGCUGAAAAACCUAAUAUAACGUCUGCUGCUGUUCCUGUUUAUGAAACAAUAUGGUUCAUCGCUGUUGUUGCACUGAUAUCGAUAAUGUUGAUUUUCACUAUUCUUGCUGUUGUGUUACGAAGAAUAAGUGGAAGAUACGAUGAUCCUCUGAAAUCAGGAUUACCUCCUAAUGUUCCCAGUCAUCAUUUGUUUUCCAACGAUUCUUCAAAUAAUGAUUCUCUUGAAAGAGUUCAGAAAAAUGUUUCUCAUCGAUCAUUCCCCAUAUCAUCGGAUCAUAGUGUACUUCAAGAUACAAGGUUUACAGAUGCAAAUCAAUUUCAAAAUCCAGCAUUCACACAAGAUUGGUCUGCAGGAUUCAACAACUCGGUCAAUGACAACAGUUCCCAGAAGGAAUUUGGAACUAGAAAAGAGAAGAUUGCAUUCGUGGAUACACAUUUAUAAAAUUAUUCAAAACUUUUUUUGCUAUGGAGUCGAAAUUGGAACUAUUUCAGGCAUUUUAUAUCAUAUGAUCAAUGUUAGAUUUCAGAUGGAUUAAAUAACAAUUUUAUCAUCAUUCAUAUCAUUUUUAUGAAAUUUUAAAGAUUAUGUAUGACAUAAAUUGCAUUUUUUUAGAGAACUUAGUACUAAAAAAUGUACUUGCUCUGUAACUUAUUUUUGUGAAUAUUCUAUUUUCAUUUUACUACUAAUAUUUUUGAUUGACGAUAGUUCAAGUGACUGAAAUUAAUUUUUACUGUGAUAUUUGUAGAUAGAAGAAAAAAAUAAAUCAAUUUUUCAGAAUGAACGACAUAUGUGAAAUGUAUUAGUGAUAAAUAUUGCACCAUUCAUCGAUAUAUAACACUUUAUCAUAUGGUAUUUCUAACUUCAAAGUCAAGAAUUUAAUUUUUCAAAAUAUUAAAAUUUUUACAAGUAUGAAUAAAGUGAAUGAAUAAAAUUAUGCCAAAUCACGACAGGUAUUACCAAAACGUCCAAUUUUUAAAUUAGUAAUAAAAACAUGUCUAAUGCUUCCACUGAUCAAAUUGGUUUCAGUUUCAUUUCAAAGUAAACUUCUUAUUCUGUUUCGAAUUUAUAUUUCAAUUUUCCUGAACAGACAGUACCGGUGCACACUAAAACACUAUUGGUUUUCAAACAUGAAUAUUACCAGCAUCACUGGGAGGAUGUUUAAAUAUUAGCUACUUUGAUAAUACUUUUCACUCAGAUUACAUUUUGCAGAAAAUAAUCAUUCAACCUUGAAUA